AUGAUUGUCCUUAAUGCGAUCUUACAAUCUAACCAAUUUCUGUAUAUUUUAUCUAAUGUGGCAGUUGCAUCGACUAUUUGUUUAUUCCUCACUGGGGUCGAAAUUUGUUGGAGAAUAAGUAAACAAAAUUCAACUGAUGGCGUUAGUUCAGCUCCAUUUCAUAUGGGUGUCAUUUCUGGCAAUUUGUGGUUGCAGUACGGGUUACUGAAAGGAGAUCAAACCAAAUCUGAAGCUCAUUUAUUGUUCAAAAGCAUUACCGCUAAUGAUGCUGAAAACUUACAGGCAGUUGUUAAAGUUAACGUAGUUUCAUCUCUCCUUUACAGCUGUUAUGUAUUAUACUACUGGAUGAAGACGAAGUAUCCAGCAAAGAAGACCCAAGAUCGGAUUGUAUUGGCCGAAGGUGGCUUUUUGCUGGCUAUUACUUUAUUUCUUCAUCAGCAUCGUGUGGACACUAAUAGAGCACUAAAUUUUUUAGGAGCUCUGUGUGUUACAUUCAACAUAGCUACUGUUGCUGCACCUUUGGCCGCAUUGCACGAUGUAAUAAAAAUCCGUUCUACUGAGAACCUUCCUCUGCCGAUGUGCAUUGCAAACUUAUUAGUGACAUCAGAAUGGUUCUUGUAUGGUAUAAUGGUCAACGACUUCUUUAUCAAAUUGCCUAAUGCUGUUGCUUUGGUUAUUUCAAUUGGUCAAAUUCUACCGUUCUUCCUGUACCCUCGGAAAAGGAAGUCAUCGUUUUCUGACGUCGAAAAGCUUUGA